AUGUCUUAUAAAAAUUACGAACAAUUCCAGAGUUUGGCCCACAAAGGAAUCCAUAAACUAAACCGCGAAUCGAAUGAUUUUUACAAAUGGGAAUUGGAUCGAACAUGGAAUGGAGAAAGAAAUCUCAACAAUGGAAUUCAUUACAAAAUCAAUAUCACUCUUGUAAAAACAGAUUGUAAAAAACACGAACAUAGACAUUGUAAGAAAACUGAUGUUUUGAAGGUUUGUGCGGUUUUUCUUGCUCAAAAAAUAAAUAUUUUAUGAUGAUUUUUUCAGAAAUGUCAAGUUGAAGCAAGUCGUCGAAUUGUUGGGGACAAUUUAAAAGAUUUUUCGAAAAUUGUAAAUUGUGGAGAACCUUUUACGAAAAAUAUCACAAGUUUUGAGUAAGUUUAUUUUAUUUCACGCUGAAAAAUAGUUUGAACCAAUGUUUUUGCAGUUCACGAAAAAUCGAAUUAACCAAAGAUGAUGCGAUUACUGUAGAAGAUCUUCGCAAAGCUAAAAUCAUCAAAGCUCGAGAUUAUGUUAUGUGGAACUCUUUUCUUGAUUUUGUAGACAGGUAAUUUCAAGGUGAAGGGAGAAAAAACAUGAUUUUUUUAUUGAAGACAUGGAAAAAAAUACGAGAACAAACGACAUGUUUUGAAACGAUUCCGAAUCUUCAAACACAAUUCGAAAAUUAUUCGAGAAAUUCAAAAACAAGAACAAGGAACUGCUGUUUAUGGAAUCACACAAUUUUCUGAUUUAACAAGUGCAGAAUUCAGAAAGGUAUCAAUUUUUGAGGAAAUUUUCAAGAUUAUUUCAUAUUUUGCAGAUAAUGUUACCUUAUCAAUGGGAACAGCCAUUAUAUCCGAUGGAACAAGCAAAUUUCACAAAAUAUGGUGUAAAUAUCGACUCUCAAGAUCUCCCAGAUUCAUUUGAUUGGCGUGAAAAAGGUGCUGUAACAGAAGUGAAAAAUCAAGGAAAUUGUGGAAGUUGUUGGGCAUUUUCAACAACUGGAAAUGUUGAAGGAGCCUGGUUUUUGGCCAAAAAUAAAUUGGUCUCAUUAUCCGAACAAGAAUUGGUUGAUUGUGAUAGUGUUGAUCAAGGUUGUAAUGGUGGAUUACCAAGUAAUGCAUAUAAGUAAGUUCUAAUAAACAUAGAUGAGUUCGAACCUUAAAUUUUGUAAAUAGAGAAAUAAUUCGAAUGGGAGGACUUGAACCAGAAGAUCAAUAUCCAUAUGAUGGAAAAGGUGAAACUUGUCAUAUAGCAAGAGAAGAUAUUGCUGUUUAUAUAAAUGGAUCUGUUGAAUUGCCACAUGAUGAAGUUGAAUUGCAAAAAUGGCUUGUUACAAAAGGACCUAUUUCAAUUGGUUAGUUUGGAAUUGUGAAAAAAUAUUGGAACUCGAGAAAAGGUUUGGGUUCAGAAUCUGAAAAACUCUGAGAAACAAUAAGUAGAAACUAAUAUCGAAAAUUUAUUUUCAACAGUAAAACAAAUUUUUGAAUUUCUCUCAUCAGAGAAUAUUUUUUAAAUAACAAGAGAUCAAAAUUAAAAAUACAACAAACUUCGGAAUUCCAAAAUCAAAAAUAUUUUAAUUAACAACUUUUUGCUUCAAUACUAUGUAGAAUACGAUUAAUAUCAGUUCUCUUAACAAUCAUUCGUCGAUUUGAAGAUGAAACCAAAGGGCGACGACGAAGUUGGUAUUGAUUUUGACAUAAUCCAACACCACGAAAAUAUCUGACAAAAAAAAUGAUAAUUUUCUAUUCAUGAAGUUUUCAUAGUGAAACUAACUGUUCAGAAAAAUUUGGUUCCGGAAAUAAUUCAUGAGCUGGUUUGACUAAAAAAUCGACAGUUGCUUGUUGUAUUCCUUUCGCCGCCCAUUGAACUAAUUUACAAAUUCCACAAAAAAUCACAAUUAUGAAUGAUUCUAAAUAGAAUUAUCAUUGUUUUUGAAAAUAUUUUAGAAUUUCUAAAAUAACUCACGCUCUUUUCUUUUAUUUCCAAUAUUUCGUCGAGUUGAUCGCCAAUUAUAUUGUUGUAAACAUAAUGGCUUCUUAUUUAGGUACCUUGAAAAUUUAGGAUAGAAACUACUUAGAAAAUAGUCCAUAGAAAGAGAGAAGAGUUACCGUAAUUUAGUCAUAGCUUCCAUUCCACUAUCUCUUCUUCCAAUUGAUUUUCCAACUGCUCCAGAAGAACUAUUUCCUUUUUGUUUUCGGUGAUGCAUUCGAGAUGAUCUUAAACAUCAGGAAUUAGAAAUGACGUGGCAAUUUUUAGUGCCACGUCGAUUUAUUUGACAAAUUCUAAAUGUUCAGAGCUACAGUAAUUUUUGCCACGUGGAAUUUAAAGGUUCAGUGUUUUCUAAAGUUCAAACAGCAACAUUUGUCUGAUCUACUAAAUUUCAUUCCAGAAAAAUUUCUGAAAACCUGAAUUUUUUUCACAAAAACUAGAAUUAAAUUUUCACAAGCCAAUUUCAACAACGUGACAAUUUAAAAUAGAUUUCGAAAAAAUGACAAGAAAAAUAAAUAAAACUCAUAUUUUUCUCGAAAAAAAAGUGAUGAUCUUUUUGCGCACUGAUUGUGAGAUAUCAAAACUUUGAGACAACAAAAUGACAUGGGUUUCAAUAUUUGCUUUAUGAUUUCUUUUUUUUUUCUUGCUUCAAAAAACUAACCUUUGAGAAGAAGAAAUGCCUUUCGAAUUCAUUCGGAACAAAUUUUUCGAUUGCGAAUGAAUGAAUGAUAGGCAACAAUUUUCGAAUUUAAAAAUCUCAAGUGUUUCAACAAAUGUUAACCAGUUGUGGUGGGAUUUUGUGAUUUUUGAUGAAAUAAAAAAAAACACGUACAUUUCUUGUGUAAAUAUAAAAUAAAAUGUUUUUCUGAUUAGACAUGUGGUGCGCAAUAAAAAUAAAAAUACAUUUGAAACGUUCGGAAUAUUUUGAGUUUAUUUUUUCCGAGAAUUAUUGACUUUUUAAUGAAACUACGAUCAUUUUGAGUAUAUGAACCAUGAGAUUACUGUAGAGUUGAUGCAGUUCGUGGUGGGACCUAAUACUGUAAUCAAUCUACAGUAACUCAGAUUCUGAAAACCUCAUAAAUCUACAGUAACUUGAAAAAAUAGGUUACGGUUAAAUAGGCAUUUUUAAAGAAAACAAAAAAACCUGGUUACUGUAGAUCGAAAAAAAUUCCGAAACAGAACUUAGAUACCACGGUUUUUUAAUCUGAGAUAACAAGUAUUCUGGAGAAAAAAAUUGCGCUACAGUACCCUGUCUCCUAAAUUUAAUUCAAAUUCAAUUUUUUCACAGGUCUCAACGCAAACACUCUUCAAUUUUAUCGUCACGGAAUUGUCCACCCAUUCAAAAUCUUCUGCGAACCAUUUAUGCUAAAUCACGGUCUUUUGAUUGUUGGCUACGGAAAAGAAGGAAAGAAACCAUAUUGGAUUGUCAAGAAUUCCUGGGGACCAUCUUGGGGUGAACAAGGAUAUUUUAGGUGAGUUUGGAAUUGAUAUGAGAAUAUUGGAAGUUUCAAAUAUUUUUUACAGAUUGUAUCGCGGCAAAAAUGUUUGUGGUGUUCAAGAAUUGGCAACUUCAUCGAUUGUAAAUUAA